AUGAGGCUUAAUGGAACUCAGGAAUUCACUAAGAGGCUUUGUAAUUGUUCUUCUGUAGUAGCUGAUCUAUGGGGAAUCUUUGAAGGCAUUAGAAUGGUCCAGAGCAAGGGAAUCAAAAAGGUGGAAGUGCAAACUGAUUCCAAGGAGAUCUAUAAUGCCUUAAUUCAAGAAGCAAAGCUUGGGAGCACGUACGACUUUACUCCAACUUAUCAUAAGGAAGCUUCAAAAAGUGUUAGAGUUUCGCAUUGUUCUUGUCAUCAUGUGUAUCGAGAGGAGAAUUGUGGUGCAAACUCUCUUCCUAAAAUGGGAAGUAGUAAUAGAAUAGGUUCAGCUUAUUUUGAUAAUUGCCCUUAA